AUGGGUCUUGGAAAGACGCUUCAAACGAUUGCUCUUCUUGGCUAUAUGAAACACUGCAAAAAGGAUGUCGGUCCUUAUUUGGAAAUCGAGAAAUGGUGCCCUACUUUGAAAGCUGUUUCUUUGAUUGGCGAUAAGGAUGAGAGGAAAGCCGUUAUUCAAGAGCAAAUUCUUUCCGGAGAGUUUGAUGUGCUAGUGACUUCUUAUAACAACGUCCUUAGUGAGAAAAGCAUCUUGAAGAAAUUUGCCUGGACGUACAUAGUCAUUGACGAGGCACAGCGUAUCAAAAAUGAAGAUACAAAGCUGGCUGUGAUUGUACGCUCUUUGUCGUCAAGUUAUCGCUUGCUACUCACGGGUACACCUCUUCAAAACAAUUUGCAUGAGUUAUGGGCACUUCUCAACUUUCUCUUACCAGAAAUGUUCUCCAGCUCCGAAGAUUUUGAUGCCUGCUUUUUGCAACCGUUUAUGCUUCGUCGCAUUAAAUCGGAUGUGGAAAAAUCGCUUCUACCGAAAAAGGAAAUAAAAGUUUAUGUCGGAAUGUCAAAAUUGCAACUAGAGUGGUAUCAGAAGGUUCUCCUGAAAGAAAUCGACAUUUUGAAUGGAGCGGGAGAACCGGCAAAAUCUCGAACAGGGAUCUCGUGUUCUUCUUUUUCGCAGUUCAAGAUGAUGUUGGACAUAUUCGAAGAUUAUUGUAUUUGGAAGAACUAUAAAUAUUGCAGAUUGGACGGAGAUACCCAUUUUGAAGACCGCCAACAGGAAAUUGAGGAAUACAAUCGAGAUGGCUCGGAAAAGUUCAUUUUUAUGCUUACGACUCGCGCCGGAGGGCUUGGAAUCAAUUUGGCUACAGCUGAUGUGGUGAUCAUUUACGACUCUGAUUGGAACCCACAAGUUGACUUGCAAGCGAUGGAUCGCUCUCAUCGUAUCGGACAAAAGAAACAAGUUCGGAUUUUUCGAUUUAUUAGUGAGAACACGGUAGAUGAGCGCAUCAUCGAACGUGCUGAAAUGAAGUUACGCCUUGACUCAAUCGUGAUUCAACAGGGCAGAGUUGCUCAAGCAGCAAAAACAUUGGAUAAAGGUGACCUACUUUCAAUGAUUCGUUGCGGCGCCAACAUGGUGUUUGCUUCGAAGGAUUCGACAAUCAGCGAUGAAGACAUUGAUGCUAUUCUUGCUCGAUCCGAAGAUAAAACAAAAGAAUUCAAUGAGAAAAUGCAGAAAUUUGGUGGUGAGUCAUCGCACUCACUUGCAACGGAAUACGAUUCAUCUAAAAUUGACGGCACCGAUAGAUGGACAUGUUAUAAUUGGAACGGCAAAGAUUGGAGGAAAGAGGCUGAUCGAUCGCAAGGCGGCUUGACGGGUUUUUGGAUUAAGCCUUCAAAAAGAGAACGACGUAAAGUGAAUUAUGGGGAAAAUCGAAAACCAGCUCCAGAGUCAAGUGGUUCCGACGUUGAAUUAGUUCACGAAGCAUCAAAUACGCUUCCAAAACGCAGCGUUCCUCCUCCUAAGUUGCCGAACGCUCACGAUUUCCAGCUUUAUCCUCGACGUUUGUUUGAACUACUCGACCAAGAGAUGUAUCAUUAUCGAAAAGUCACUGGAUGGAAGCCUCCCAAGAAAGGUCAUGUGGCUAAUGCUGAAGAAAAACUCUUACUGGAACAAGAAAAAAUUGAUCGAGCUAAACCGCUUACAGAUGACGAAAAGGCUGAACGCGAUGAACUCAUAAAAGAUGGAUUUCCUGACUGGUCACACCAGGAGUUUUCUAUCUUUGUUGCAGCAAACGAGGCGUACGGUCGUGAAAAUAUCGAUGCUAUUUGUGACGAAAUCAAAACCAAAACUCGCGAGCAAGUGGUCGAAUAUGCAAAAGCUUUCUGGGUUCGCUUAUCCAAUCUUGCAAACGGCGAAAAGAUUUUGGCUCGAAUUGAAAAGGGUGAGGGUCGAAUUGAACGCAACAAGAAAAAUCAUCGGGCUUUGGCUGAGAAAAUUGCAAAAUAUUCAGCCCCAUAUCAUCAACUGAAGAUUACAUAUGGCCAUCACCAUAAACAGGCCAGAACCUUUACGGAGAACGAAGACAGAUUCCUGGUUUGUGAGUUGUAUCGUAUCGGCCCUGAGAAGAAAACCGUCUAUAAUGAAUUGAAAGAAAGUAUCCAUAAAACUCCACAGUUUCGCCUCAAUUGGUACCUGAAGAGUCGCACGCCAGCUGAGCUUGAACGCCGAUGCAACACCUUACUUUUGCUGAUCGAGAAGGAAAUGCACGAGCGCGAUUUGAACAAGGAUCAAAAGCACGACGAACCUCCUCAAUCCAAGAAGAGUCGUCUUGAC